UCACCGAUCGGAAAGAGCCGAAGAUGUCGGCUCUGUCAUGUGAUCAGCUGUGUCCAAUCACAGCUGAUUGAAUGUCAUCAGUGUGCCCUGAUGAUCAGUGUAGCCCCAUCAGUGCCAUCUGUCAGUGUCCAUCAAUGCCACCUGUCAGUGCCCAUCAGUGCCACAUAUCAGUGCCUAACAGUGCACAUCAAUGCCACAUAUCAGUGCCCAUCUGAGCUGCCUUUCAGUGCCAGUCAGUGCCACCUAUCAGUGCCAGUCAGUGCCACCUAUCAGUGCUGGCAAUCAGUGCCAGUCAGUGCCGCCUAUCAGUGCUUGUCUGUGCCGCCUAUCAGUGCCAGUCAGAGCCGCCUAUCAGUGCUACCUAUCAGUGCCGCCUCUCAGUGCCAUAUAUGAGUGCUGCCUUGCAGUGCCCAUCAGUGAUGCCUCUCA